CAGAAUUUGGUCUGUGGUGUUCGUUUUGUGUGGAGCUGGGUAAAGAAUUUGAACUGUGCAGGCAGAGAAAAAGAAACAGAUCUCCAUUGCCCCUGAGGAAAGAUUACUCUGAAACGUGUUGAGCCUCAAUAAAUCUACCAAGCACCAGAGCCUGCCUCUUUUUUUCCCCCAGUAUGUGAACCAGCAACAAGAAUACCCAACACUUGAACAUCAUGGCUGGGAAACCAAAACUUUAUUAUUUCAAUGGAAGAGGGAGAAUGGAAUCUAUUCGCUGGCUGUUAGCAGGAGCAGGUGUCGAGUUUGAAGAAGAAUUUUUGGAAACAAGAGAACAAUAUGAAAAAUUAUUAAAAGAUGGAUUUCUGCUCUUUCAUCAAGUCCCUAUGGUUGAAAUUGAUGGAAUGAGGCUAGUGCAAACUCGAGCCAUCCUCAACUAUAUCGCUGCAAAACACGACCUCUAUGGGAAGAAUCUAAAGGAGAGAGCACUAAUUGAUAUGUAUGUGGAAGGAACAACAGAUCUGAUGGGAACGAUCAGGGUUCACCACAAAUCACCUCCUAAAGAAAAGGAGAAUAAUCUUAGUUUAAUAAUUGAACGAGCCACAAAAAGAUACUUCCCAGUUUAUGAGAAGGUUUUAAAAGACAACGGGCAACAUUUUCUUCUUGGCAGCCAGUUGACCUGGGCUGAUGUCCAACUGACUGAGACCAUAUUAAUGGCAGAAGAGAAAGAGCCCACUAUUCUCUCACAGUUUCCUUUGCUGCAGGCUUUUAAAGCAAGAAUUUGUGAUGUUCCUACAAUUAAGAAGUUCUUGCAGCCUGGCAGCCAAAGGAAGCCUCCACCUGAUGAAAAAUUUGUAGCAACAGCAAACAGAGUUUUCAACAGGAAAUGAAAACUGAGCUUAUGUUGUGCAGCAUUAAAUCCAGUCUGGGAAGCACCUGUCUUUAUCAGUGUUUGUAUAAAUCCUUCCUAGCAACAUUUAUAGACUACUUUUAUAUAAUCAUCCAACUGGCCGCAGGCUAACUAAUAAAGUUUUCAGAUUAAUGCUAAUUCACUUUUUAAAAAAAACAGGUUGCAUGAGG